GGUGGCGUGGAUUACGUUGAGUUGUAACAUUUUUCCUUCUCUGGAAAGCCAGUUGGAUGCGCUUUUAGAACCACCGGCCGACGUACAUUGAAGAGACAUCUCUAAAGGGAGUGGCUAGGUGGCUUCUGUUCUUCUCCUCUCCAUCCCUGGCACAGGUCUCAAUGAAAAGCCGUUACUCGCACAGAGACUAAUCACGGCAGUGGAAGAGGAUGGCCGUCCACGCAGAGGGGAUCGUGGCUAUAGUGAUCUUCUACUUGCUGAUUCUGGGCGUGGGGAUAUGGGCCGCGUGGAAGAACAAGAACUCAGGGGUGUCAGAGGGCCAGGACCGCAGUGAAACCAUCAUGGUGGGCGGGAGGGACAUUGGGUUGUUUGUCGGUGGAUUCACUAUGACGGCUACAUGGGUGGGCGGCGGCUACAUCAACGGGACCGCGGAGUAUGUCUACCUGCCUGACUUCGGCCUGGCCUGGGCACAGGCUCCCUUCGGAUACGCCCUCAGUCUGGUAGUAGGUGGCCUGUUCUUCGCCAAGCCCAUGCGCUCCCGGGGAUACGUCACCAUGCUGGACCCGUUCCAGCAGAUAUACGGGAAGCGUAUGGGGGGGCUGCUCUUCAUUCCGGCGCUUAUGGGGGAGAUUUUCUGGUCCGCUGCCAUCUUGUCAGCGCUGGGGGCUACUCUGAGUGUGAUCGUGGACAUUGACAUCAACAUGUCAGUGGUGAUCUCAGCCCUAAUAGCUAUCUUCUACACCCUGGUGGGAGGGCUGUAUUCUGUAGCCUACACUGACGUGGUCCAACUCUUCUGUAUCUUCCUGGGACUGUGGGUCAGUGUGCCAUUUGCUCUGUCCAACCCAGCCGUGUCAAGCAUCAGUGUGACAGCUAAAGAGGCUGUGUACCAGACACCCUGGUUGGGUAAGAUAGACUCAGCAGACACCUGGAUGUGGAUCGACAACUUCUGUCUUCUGAUGUUGGGGGGGAUUCCGUGGCAGGUGUAUUUUCAACGGGUUCUCUCUGCCUCUUCAGCUACCUACGCCCAGGUACUGUCCUUUAUCGCUGCCGCAGGCUGCCUGGUCAUGGCUGUCCCCUCCGUUCUCAUAGGAGCUAUAGGAGCCUCCACAGACUGGAACCAGACUACAUAUGGGGCAAUUCCUCCCAAAGAGAAAGACCAAUCAGAUAUGAUCCUGCCCAUCGUGCUGCAGCACUUGUGCCCACCCUGGAUCUCCUUCUUUGGCCUGGGAGCGGUGUCUGCCGCUGUGAUGUCAUCAGCUGACUCCUCCAUUCUAUCGGCCAGUUCCAUGUUCGCCAGAAACAUCUACCAGCUGGCCUUCAGACAGUCUGCGACAGACCGUGAGAUUGUGUGGGUGAUGCGUAUCACCAUCUUUGUGUUCGGCGCUCUUGCCACCGCCAUGGCGUUGCUAACGGGGACCGUGUAUGGCCUGUGGUACCUGAGCUCCGACCUGGUGUAUGUUAUCAUCUUCCCCCAGCUGCUCAGCGUGCUCUUCAUCAAGGGAACCAACACAUACGGCUCGGUGGCCGGCUAUGUCUUUGGUCUGCUGCUGCGUAUCGGGGGAGGAGAACCCUACCUCAAACUACCCCCUUUUAUCUACUACCCCGGCUGGGUGCAACAGGAGAAGAUCCACCACCUGACUGGAGACGUGGAGUACUUCAUCCAGCAACGCUUCCCCUUUAAAACGGUCUCCAUGCUGGCCUCCUUCCUGGGUAACGUGGCCUUCUCCUACCUGCUCAAGUACCUGUUUGAGUCUGGGACUCUGUCUCAUAAGUAUGACUUCAUGGAUGCUGUGGUGUCCAAACACAGUAAGGAGAUCAUGGACAAGACCACGCUGGUUAGUAGUGACAACAUCAUCCUGUCGGAGAUGGCGCCGGUCAAAACGCACCUCAGCAACUCACUGGCGGGGACAUUUACGAACACAGAGGCUCUCAGUGACGAUGAGGAGUCCAGCCCUGAGUCCUUAAACAACCACCAUGAGUAGAGACCAGGAAGUAGAGACCAGGACCAGGACCAAGACCCAGAGCCAGACCUGGACCCAGAACCAAGUAGAGCCAAGGUCAGGGGUGGCCAGCCCUCCUGGAGAGAUACCAUCCUGCAGAUCUUUGCUCCUGCUCUAACAUACCUGAUGCUAUUAAUCAGCUGCUCAACAGGAUCUUGAACAGCUUAACCAGGUGUGCUAUAGUAGGGCUGGAGAAAAAGCCUGCAUACCCAAUAGCUCUCCAACAGAAGGGUUAGCCAGCCCUGAUAUGGAGCCUUUAACUGAGACCCAGAGAAGGUCUGUCUAGCAUCCAACCCCCUUGUGUUCUCAUCAUAUCAACCACUGACUGACUCUCUAAAUCAAACACCACCGCCAUCUUAGUUUUCUGUUUUCAGUGCCUGGUCAUGGCUGUCCCCUCCGUCCUCAUAGGAGCUAUAGGAGGCUCCACAGGUACACACACACACACACACACACACACACACACACACACACACACACACACACACACACACACACACACACACACACACACACACACACACACACACACACACACACACACACACACACACACACACACACACACAAACACUUCUGCAUUGAGUUAAUUAAACAUUACAAGACGUUUUGUUCAAAUAUCCAUGAAUGCACACAUUAUUUACUAAAGAAAAGUAUGAUAAAAAAAACACAUCAUUCUCUAUUAGUUUGUUCCCACAAUGUAACUCAGCUCAGAUGUAUAAACCCACUGGCAGGAUACAGUGGGAUAUAAACAACACCAGACUGCUCCUGUCAUACAGCACGGAGAAGAAUUCAUUAGGAGAUGUGACUUCUGUGAAUAUUACAUCAGAAGGAAGACUAAUUAAUUAGGUUGAUCUGAAGAUUCUUCAUCAAAGUCAUCGUUAAUCGACAGCUGUUUGUUGAGGUCCAGAGGAGAGAGGGAAAGGGUCUAUCUAGCCAUCCAACCCUCUCGUGUUCGCAUCAUAUCAACCACUGUCUGACUCUCUGUAAAGCGAACACCACCGCCAUUGUAGUUUUCUGUUGUCAGUGCUGCUACAGUAAAUUGAGUUAAUGUAAAGGUAAGGUAACUGAUCUUGGUUAACCCAGAAUUUAAAUCCUACGUAAUUUCAGCUGCGUGGUUAUGUGUUAGAAAUGGAACAUUUUCAGUUUGCAAAGCCAAAGCACACAUGCGAAGCAGUAGAAGCGAAGCAGUUUAAGCACCGCCUUUUCCCAAUCCUGAUACAUUCAAAUAACCAGUGACGAAAACCCAAACACUGGAACUACUGCUGCUUGUUGUCCAAUGCAUCCAAUCCCUUCACAAAAGAUGAUAUGGUUUACGAGCAGAUAUCUGUCCACAAGAGUUUACAGAUAACUGUCUGUCUGUCUCUCUCACUAGGGAGGUCUGAGAGGGACGCCAGCCCAGAGGGUGAUGAGAAUAGUGCAAUAUUUAAGUGUGUGUGUGUUUGUGUGUUUGUGCGUUUGUGUGUGUUCGUAAAAAUGUACUUAUAAUUAAUUUACUAAUAGAGCAAUAAUGAUUUUAGAGUCCAUGCUGUACAUAGAUCUAGAUAUGAAUAUCAGUCAUUCAAAACCGUUGAUUGUUUUUUAAUUAUUGAGAACAAAUAGAUUUCAAGCUAUUUUUAAAUUGUGCGCUCUUAAUCCAAUUUACACACAAUCACCAGGUACAGGUUAAAAUAUUCAGUACUAACAUUAUUUUCAUAGUAACUGGAUUUGAACAGGGUUGAAAAGCCAAACCCAAAUUCUGUUCCAUGUUGUGCAUGUGCCAAAAUCCUCCUCUCUGCAGGUGUAGAAGUUUAAUACUGUGCUAUUGUGUUGGAGGGGAACGCUUGCUUUAUUUCACAGUCUUAUAUCAGAUUAUAAGGGCCAGGUUUUACUCAAUAUGUGUUAGUAAUAUAGGUGAACAAGCCUUUAAUGCUUUAUUAAUGGGUGUACUGGUUGAAAUUGGACCUGGCUGUGGCUUUAGGUAGUCCAUCUGCUUCCCAAAAUUACACCCUAUUACCUAUGUAGUGCACUACUUUUGGCCAGAGCCACAUACGUUUGGGUAGUGUAGUGUAUACAGGGAAUAAGGUGCCAUUUGAGAGUUGCCCCAUGAUGGUUUAUUCCCCUCUAAACUGUCAUUGACUGCAGAGCGGCAGCAGAGCGGCAGGGGGGCUUGUGGAGGCUGAGUUGUGAUUUCCCCUCCAGGGAUUGUAUCAAUAACCCGUUGGCACGAUCAAUUAAAUUCUGCUCUGUCCACUCUGUCCAUCUGCCCUGAGGACAUUUGAUUAGUGUUUUUUGCUGGUUAUGAGCUGAGACAGGAAAAUAACAGCAUUAGUUGUUUUGGUGUCAGUGGUUGUAGUGAUUGGAAGCAGAGCUGGUCCUAUGCUGAGUGAAUUAGCUACCUAUCUGUUAUCACAGUUAUUACAGUUUGAUGGGUGAACACUGAGGAAGGUCUGUUGACCAAAACGUUGGUCAGAGAAAACAGAUUUGAGAUUGUGAUGGAAAUUGCAGUUGUUAUUUGAUGUUGUAGGGUAUUUCUGUUCUCUGGUUGACUCCUCCCACUGUAUUUCUGUUCUCUGGUUGACUCCUCCCACUGUAUUUGCUGGUAAGGUCUGCUGGUGUUUACAGUCUUAAGUUAUAGUUUGAAUCUGUUUGAAUCUGUUGAAUUAUGCCCUUAAUAUGGGUCGUUUUGGGAGUAUUGGGAGCUGGUCUGAUGCUGGCCUGAUGCUAUAUUCUAAGUGUCAGAGUGGAAUUGUGUGUCCAGGCAAUCUGUACAAAAUGUGAAUGUAAAGUCUCCUCUCCUUCACCAAGGAGACGACUCUGUGCUGUUUUAUCUUCUAUCACUGGAAAAUAUAUCAUUGUUUAAACUAAAGAAUAAGAAACAUAAUCAUGUCAGUUGCUCGGCUGGCUGUACUAAAUGUGCUUCUAUGUUGUAAAUGGAAAUGUAUAUUUUUGUGUGAUACAUGUAUAUACCAACAAAGUCAGCAUAUGAACAAAUGGAUCAUACUUUUUAAUGCAACGUUAGAAAUGAUUUAUCCUUUUGGUGAGGAGAAAUAAAAGCUAAGAAUUUAUUUAUUACUUAUGCAGUGUCCAUAACAAUUAUGGUGAUGAAUAUGUGAGGUAAAUAAAUUAUAUUAUUUA